UCAGAAACUUGAUGCGCCUGUCAAUAAACAAAUAUAUAUCUGGUCCCCAUUUCCGUCUCAGCUUCAUUGCUAAAAUAAGUACCAGCUAAACGGAUGUAAAAACAGGGGGAGUCACUCUAUAAGCCUAAAAUGACAACACAGCUGACUUUAACCGAGGCAUUCCCGCCAUUAACCAAUGACCUUAUUCUACGUGCUGCUAGAGGUGAGAAGACAGAAAGAGUUCCUGUAUGGCUAAUGAGGCAAGCUGGCAGGUAUUUACCAGAAUAUGGGGAAUUCAAAGCAAAACACAAUGUUGGGUUCUUUGAUAUGGUUAAAACUCCUAGCAUGGCAUGUGAAAUCACUCUACAGCCAAUCAGGAGGUUUAAUCUAGACGCUGCAAUAAUAUUCUCAGAUAUCCUAGUCAUACCACAAGUAUUGGGGAUGGGAGUGGAUGUUGUAGAAGGAAAGGGUGUUAUAUUUGACUUCCUGUUAGAAACACCAGAAGAUUUAAAGAAACUGUACAAGGAUGCUAAUGUAUGCACAGACUUGAGUUAUGUAUUUGAUGCUAUAACUAUGACAAGACACGCCUUAAAUGGACAGUGUCCACUGUUCGGAUUCUCCGGGGCACCAUGGACACUGAUGAAGUUUAUGAUAGAUGGAGGUUCACACUCACCGUUACCUAAAGCAAGGAAAUGGCUCGUUACCUACCCUAAUGAAAGCAGGGAACUUCUACAGUUAUUGUGUGAAAAAGUUGUUGAUUAUCUUGUUGGUCAAGUAAAAGCUGGAGCACAGCUUUUACAAGUAUUUGACUCCUGCGCAGGCGAAUUGGGACCAGAUAAAUUUGCUGAGUUCUCGUUACCCUAUCUUAAAGACAUUGCUUACAGAACGAAAGAAAAACUUUUGGAGGCUCAUAUUGAGCCGGUACCAAUGAUGAUUGAAAACAUGCCAGCAAAUCCUAAAAGGAGAAUAGCUGGGAAGCAUGUUACAUUACAGGGGAACUUUGAUCCUUGUUUAUUAUAUAGCCAGGAAAAUGAGUUAAAGAAUGCUGUGAAGACAAUGAUAAAACGAUUUGGAACACAGAGAUAUAUAGCUAAUCUUGGACAUGGUGUACAUAAAGAUGUUAAUCCAGACAAUGUGGGACUAUUUGUUGACGCAGUACAUAUGUAUUCCGAGGAAAUAAAUGCAUCGUCUUAACAUACACAUGAUUUUUAGCUGUAAUUUAUAUGUACAUUCCUCAAUCAAACAUAUAUUAAAUCAAGUGUCUAAAUAUACAAUGUAUCAGUAUUUCUUUCUCUAGUUUUAUUUAGCACAACAAAGCACAAUAUGUGAGCUAUUGUGGUCACCCUAGAGUCUUCUUCUGCCCAGUUUUUCUCUGCACAUCAUUUUCUCGUAAAUCAUUGGGUCAUUUAAACUUCAUAGUAAUUAACUAAUUUUCCUUAAAUGGCCCUCUUUCAUAUAAGGUGACCCUUUAUUUAGUUGUGUGUACAGUACAAAGAUUGAUGUUUUUAAUCUAUUUUACGAGUAGAUUUGACGACUGUCUGUGGAAAUUAUUUAAGAUAUAAUAUAUCCCAAUUAGUGAUUUUAUCGCUCAAUAAAAUCACUGUUUGGAGUUAGGAUGCGAGGAUUAUAUCACGAGGGCGUAGCUCACAGAUUUGGAUAUAUUUCGAUUGUAACAUGACAUCAACAAAUAAAUGCUUCCAUACCUGAUAUUAAGCUAGAUUGGGCCUGAUUAUUUUCAACAUUUUGCAUUUUUAGUGGUUAUGUCACAUGUAUAAUGAUUACGUCACAUGUCUAAAUAUAGAACGUCGACAGUAAUUUUAUUGCAUAAUAACACACACUUUUGGUUUUUUCUAUGUUCAAUAGGAAAAAAUGCGGGUCAUGCUGCAAUUUUUUUUUUAUAUUACAAUUUAUUACUUACAAGAUUUGGAAUAAUAAUUGUGGGUCAUUUUACUCUUUAUAUAGUGUUCUUUACAAAUUUUGUUAUUAUUUUAUUACUACCUGAUAGACCUUCCCCUUAGAGGAAUGUGUUCAGAAAAAUAUAAUCUUAAUUUUUAAACGUUUUAUCUUAAUGUUUAUAUGACUAUAGUUACUGUUAUAAUAAUUUAAGUAUAAAACAAAAUGAUGAAUAUGUUAUGUGAGAACUUUGUAUAUAAUGUAUCAUAUUUUUAAUUAAAGGAGCUUCACUGAGGUCCAAAAUCUAAAACAUAAAAUUUGAAAAAAAUCUUGCAUUGAUUAACUGAGGCACUUUAAAUGGAAAGUAUGGAAAAGAUAAAGAUAUAUACUCAGAAUUAAUUGAAAAGUAAUAUUUUAAGUUAAUUUUAGCCCAAUUUGGGUUAAAAGCAUUAAAAUGCUUUUUAAGUUGUUUUGUGCUAUUAGAAUUAUCAUUAUUCUAGAAAAAUGAAAGGUGCAAAUGAUCUGAAAAUUUGCACACAAGUAAUUGGUUUGGACCUUCAUCAAAAUAUUUCCAGUCCCCCUAUGUAAAAAAAAAACCUCAGUGGAGUAUCUUUUAUCAAGACUGUUUCCCUUUAAUUAAGACACAGACAGUCAUUUAUAUACAUUGUUAUUUGUCAUUUCGAAGAUUCUAUCAAUAGUUUAUUAUUUAAAUGGAAUACACAAAUCUACCUGUUUCAUGCUGUUAAUUUAAAGAUAUUUUUAUUGAUAUAUUUUAUGACAGCUGUUAAUGAUGGUGCUUUAUGAAAAUAAAAUGUAAGCAGA